GAAUGAUUGCUCCCUUAUUCCGUACUCUAGAUCGGUACGGCUACAUCGUCAUAAUUUCAUUGUGUUGUACACUUCAAGGAUUUAUCAUACAUCUCAACGCAAGCCAAUAAGUCAGGAAAAAAUGAAACUUAUGUCACUGAUUCUAGGACUGGUACUGAUAACAUCUGAAAUACUUGCAGAAAGUCAAGCUGAGGAUUAUGCAGAUGUUACUAUUGCACCUACAUCUGUGGUAACUGAUAUGGAAAAUUCAGAGGAUUUUGAUAGAUUUGAAAUCCACGAACUUGAUGAUCCCUUAACGAAAAACUAUCAUUGUUCAGCCAAAGAUCCACAUAAAAAUGGAAGCGCUGUUCCAAAUCCAGAUAUGAUAAAAUAUUUAGACAACAACGGGAUUCUUUCAAUUCGACCAAAAAAAAAUUAUUACCAGGUUCGAGAAGUACGCCGGAAGUUGUGUCAGUUUGGUUUCAAUCCUUUCGAACCUGAUAACAAAGCUGGUUCGAUCCACAAACGUUUCAAGAAUACACUUCGCCUCAUGCUGUACAACACUCCAGGCAUGUUUCCGGGUCUGAAAGUCAUCAGAAAUGAUUUGGAUCGCAAACGAAAGAGGGAGCCACAGAUCUGGUUUCGUUUCGAGGCAACCAACGGUACGCUACUGGCUGAGUUCGAUUAUGACAACUACUUCGUUACUAUCAGCGGAGAUCUGGCUCGAGUUCAAGCAUAUUCAAAGUUGCUCGUUGCACUGAAGAUGCAUAAAAGACUAAAUAAUUUCAACGAGCCAGUCAGCUACAAGGUAAAUCUGGAUCUUGGUAUCAUGGAGGCCAUUUUAACCAGCUUUGGAAUUUGGAUGAUGAGAGAGAAAACAGUGAGCACUCUAAUGGUGAAUGCGUUGAAUGGGAUCCGUACGGAAAUUGGUGACAAAGGUGAGACUCGAUUGGAAUUCGAGGAGACCUUGAAGGAUGCUGCUGAUCAAGUCGACCCUCUUCUUUAUUCUUAUAUCUGGUUACUAUCCAUGGCGGAGAAAUACGACGUUGUUAAGAUCCGUGAAAGAAGCUCAAACGGUCAAGGAAAGCCAAGAAACGGCAAUUACGAUAGCGCAGCUCGAUUGAAACGUGACCAUGCCAUUGAUUCAACUUCAAAAACUCAUUGAUGACUGGUAGAUAAAAUAUAUUAUGGUAUAUAUCAAUUAACGAAAAAUGAUUCCUGACUGUUCUGCGUCAAGUUUUAAGCUAAUAACGGAAUCGUUGAAUAAAAGUAUCAAUAAUAAGAAUGAAUUUUGUCUUUUUACACAAAAUACCAAAGUUCAGUAGAAAAAUUAUAUUAUUCAAGAUUUAGAUAUACUUAAAAUCAGUAUAAGUAUAUGAGAGUAUAAGUAUCAGUACUACUAUAAUUUAUACAUAGUACUAGUAUUACUAUUUACGAACAAUCAAACAGACUUUCACCUGUUAAUUGAAUAUUGCUUGGUAAUAUAUCCUUUAAGUUGAAAUCAAUUGGUUUUCUUUUCAAUCUUCUUAGAUUGGACUUUAUUCCAUCAGACCUUAGACUCUACUAAAUGUUCUUUUUUCAUUCUCUCAGAAGUCAGAACAUUGUAGGACACUUACCAGACCGGUCGAACAUUACGACGGAUCGCACUUUACUUGUCAUGAGUAACACAUGCAAACGAUAACUUUUAAUUUUCUUUUGGAACUACUUGACUUGACGAUUAUUAAAACUGGUAAUACUUAGAAGUAUGUGUAUUUUUAUCAAAUUAUAAUAUGCUUGUUAAAAUGGUAACGAGUUCAAUAAACUUUAAUUAACUGUUCAAUGUGAAAUUUGUGUCAAUCAAAUAAAAUCUUAAUAUUCGUCUAAGCUGAUAGUUCAUUUACUUCACCUAGAAAAAUAUCGACUUUUUAACGUGUAAAUUUAUAUGAGAAAAUACUGUAGUUACGAAAAAUUAAGAUUUCAGAUGAACAUUGGAAAUUUUAAAUGAUUCUGUAUUACGAAGAGUUCAGCUCUACUUGAUCUUGGUCAGGUUAAGUUGCGUUGCUAAAGCUGUCGUUCGGAGGAUAUCGUGUAAUUACUUGUAAUUGCUAAUGGUUAUUAUUAGUCUUUCACCGCUAGGACAUGGUUGGCGGGAAGUUGACAAUAAAAUUCAUGCAAGCAUAAUCACUGAAUGUAAUCAUGGACAGCGGGACAGAUGCUUAUUAAGUAAUUAGUAUAUCAGUUAUAUUAUCUAUGCUGUAGGUAAAUAAUUUUUAUUUUAAGAUCAGUUAUUCCACAAGAAUGUUACC